AUGAGAAGUUUUAAGAUCACAGUGCCCGCUUCUUCGGCUAACAUUGGUCCUGGAUACGAUGUUCUUGGGAUCGGUUUAUCAUUAUUUCUCGAGUUAGAGGUCACUAUCGACUCUAAGCUCGCGCAUGAGACUAACGAUGACCCUAACAACUGCAAAUUGAGUUACACUACCGAGAGUGAAGGUUAUGAUAGUGUGCCAUUGAGAUCCGACGCAAACCUCAUCACAAGAACUGCGCUAUACGUGCUGCGUUGUAACAACAUAAGGAGUUUUCCAAGUGGUACCAAAGUGCGCGUGCAUAAUCCUAUUCCGCUAGGUCGUGGUCUGGGAUCAUCCGGUGCAGCAGUUGUUGCCGGUGUUAUGCUGGGUUGCGAAGUCGGUAAGCUUGGCUAUUCAAAGCAGAGAAUGUUGGAUUACUGUUUGAUGAUUGAACGUCAUCCUGACAACAUCACUGCUGCUAUGAUGGGUGGAUUUUGCGGCUCUUUCUUGAGAGAUUUGACCCCUCAGGAGGUCGAAAGACGUGAAAUUCCACUCAGCGAAGUUCUACCAGAACCAAGCGGUGGUGAAGAUACCGGUUUAGUGCCACCUCUUCCACCAACCGAUAUCGGUAGACAUGUCAAGUACCAGUGGAACCCAAAGAUCAAGUGCAUUGCCAUCAUCCCACAAUUCGAACUCUCCACCGCAGACUCCAGAGGCGUACUUCCAAAGGCAUACACUACCCCAGAUGUUGUAUUCAACUUACAAAGGUUAGCUGUCUUGACCACGGCUUUGACAAUGGAUCCACCAAACGCAGAUUUGAUCUACCCUGCAAUGCAAGACCGCGUACACCAGCCUUACAGAAAGACCUUGAUCCCAGGAUUGACGGAAAUCCUAUCAAGUGUCACCCCAUCGACCUACCCUGGUCUCUUAGGUAUCUGUCUCUCAGGUGCUGGCCCAACCAUCUUGGCUGUCGCAACCGAAAACUUCGAAGAGAUCGCUCAGGAGAUCAUUAACCGGUUUGCCAAGAAGAACGUCCAAUGCUCCUGGAAACUACUAGACCCCGCAUACGAUGGUGCCUCCAUUGAACAACUCUGA